CACAUGACUCGACGGCGGCGGUAGCCGUGGCAGCAGCCGCGGCGGCACCGCGGGCUCGCCGGGUGGGCUCAGCCCCGCGCACGCAGGAGCGCAGCGCAGGAGGCGGGGAAGCGACCUGCUGCAGCUGCGGCCCCCCACCCGCGGGCGCUGCCGGCGCGCGCCGUGUCUCCCGUGGCCCUCGCCGGUGCGCUCCAUGCCGCUCGGUUGCGGAAGUGUAGCCGGGGGAGGAGGAGGAGGAGGAGGAGAAGGAGGCGGCGGCGGCGCGGAGCACGGGAGGCCGGCGCUCGGCCCCCUGCAGCAGCACUAGUCUCCGGGAGCCGCCGCGCGGCGCGCCCCAGCGGCCCGAGCGCCCGGCGCCCACCUCAGCCUGCAUGCCCGGCGCUGCGCCUCGCCCGCCCGCCCGCCGCCCCCCGCUUGCACCGCUGCUGCCGGGCGCCGGAGUAAUAUGCUCACUCGAGUGAAAUCUGCCGUAGCCAAUUUCAUGGGCGGCAUCAUGGCUGGCAGCUCCGGCUCUGAGCACGGCGGCGGCGGCGGCGGCUGCGGAGGCUCCGACCUGCCCCUGCGCUUCCCCUACGGGCGGCCGGAGUUCCUGGGGCUGUCUCAGGACGAGGUGGAGUGCAGCGCCGACCACAUCGCCCGCCCCAUCCUCAUCCUCAAGGAGACCCGGAGGCUGCCCUGGGCCACCGGCUACGCAGAGGUUAUCAAUGCCGGGAAGAGCACACAUAAUGAAGACCAAGCCAGCUGCGAGGUGCUCACCGUGAAGAAGAAGGCAGGGGCUGUGACCUCAACGCCAAACAGGAACUCCAAGAGACGGUCCUCUCUUCCAAAUGGGGAAGGACUGCAACUAAAGGAGAAUUCGGAAUGCGAGGGUGUUUCCUGCCAUUACUGGUCCUUGUUCGACGGCCACGCGGGCUCCGGGGCCGCAGUGGUGGCGUCCCGCCUGCUGCAGCACCACGUGACCGAGCAGCUGCAGGACCUCGUGGAGAUCCUCAAGAAUUCGGCCGUGCUGCCCCCCACGUGCCUGGGAGAGGAGCCCGAGACGGCGCCAGCCCCCAGCCGGACUCUGACCCGCGCCGCCUCCUUGCGCGGGGGCGUCGGAGCCCCGGGCUCCCCCAGCGCCCCACCCACGCGCUUCUUCACCGAGAAGAAGAUCCCGCACGAGUGCCUGGUCAUCGGGGCCCUGGAAAGCGCAUUCAAGGAGAUGGACCUGCAGAUAGAACGAGAGAGGAGCUCCUACAACAUAUCCGGUGGCUGCACAGCCCUCAUUGUGGUCUGCCUCCUGGGAAAGCUGUAUGUGGCAAAUGCUGGGGACAGCAGGGCCAUAAUCAUUAGAAACGGAGAAAUCAUUCCCAUGUCUUCGGAAUUCACCCCUGAGACUGAGCGCCAGCGACUUCAGUAUCUGGCAUUCAUGCAACCUCACUUGCUGGGAAAUGAGUUCACACAUUUGGAGUUUCCAAGGAGAGUACAGAGAAAGGAACUUGGAAAGAAGAUGCUCUACAGGGACUUUAAUAUGACAGGCUGGGCAUACAAAACCAUUGAGGAUGAUGACUUGAAAUUUCCUCUUAUUUAUGGAGAAGGCAAGAAGGCCCGGGUAAUGGCAACUAUCGGAGUGACCAGGGGACUCGGGGACCAUGACCUGAAGGUUCAUGACUCCAAUAUCUACAUAAAACCAUUCCUGUCUUCAGCUCCAGAGGUAAGAGUCUAUGAUCUCUCCAAAUAUGAGCAUGGAGCAGAUGAUGUGCUUAUCUUAGCCACCGAUGGACUCUGGGACGUCUUAUCAAAUGAAGAAGUAGCAGAAGCAAUCACUCAGUUUCUUCCUAACUGUGAUCCAGAUGACCCUCACAGGUACACGCUGGCAGCUCAGGACCUGGUAAUGCGUGCCCGAGGUGUCCUGAAAGACAGAGGAUGGCGAAUAUCUAAUGACCGACUGGGUUCAGGAGACGACAUUUCCGUAUAUGUCAUUCCUUUAAUACAUGGAAACAAGCUGUCAUGAAAAUGGCCCAGGGGACUGGGAGGACAGAGGGAAAGGAAUUCUGGGAUGGCUCUUGACAGAGCAGAACUGGGACAUGUCCCAGCUGAGUUCCAAGCAGUACCCAGGUUGGGAGGUGGCCGCCGAAAGACCUUUGGCUGUGCUUUAUGAUGACCCUUAGGUUUCCAUUUCUCCUUUAGCAACAGGUGUGGACACUCGACAUGAACCGAACACGAAGUUUGCUCCUGAGGGUUAUAUUUUUGUUGGUUCCUUUACAGGCCUCCAAAGUGGCCACUGACUAAUUGGGACACAUGCAUCUUAUUUAUUUUAUUUAGCAACCUGGGUAGCCAUUUUCAGGUGUAACUGGCAGGAGGUUCCUUGGCCUGUCCAGCUUCUCUACGGGUUAAAAGUGCUGCAUCGGAAAGGUAGGCACACAGGAGUCAUGCUUCAAAAAGUUGUCAGCACUCACCUAAGUAAGCCUGAGAUUUAUCUUCGAGAUUGCUGCCUGCCAUGCCCACCCUUCUUCUUUCUCAUUUGUGGUGAUGCUGCAAUGAGGUAGGGAGGUCUGUCCUUUUUUUUACAUUCCUUCAGUCUUUCUCUCUUCCUUUCUGUGGAACAGAACUGGGGCUUUGCAAGUCUUUGCUGAGGAAUUUCUGUAUUCGAAUCCAAUCCAAUCUGGGUUGCCCCCGCGUACCCACACUCACGCCAGCCACCCAGGCAGCUGUCUGGAACACAUCGAGUGUCUUUGUUAUUUGACACAAGGUCCUCAGUUGAGUUUUCUCACCAUAUGAGUGUGUUUCAAGGAAACAGUGGGUAUUUUUUUGGACCAGCAGUUCUCUGUUGUCUUCAACAAUUCUCUGGUGUGGCCUGAGUUUUUCUUGGAUGUUCAUGUCUGCAGUGGUUGGCCCUCUCACACCCACCGUGACAUGCAAACACACAUGCAAGCAUUUUUCAAAGAGAAGUUCAGGAGUUCUUUGUGUCUGUGGAUUCCCCUUACCUCAUUUGCAGACCAUUGUGGACUCAGGUUCUGUGGGCUGUGACCAUGCCCAUGCACAUUGUAUCAGAGUUCUGCCAUGCAGCUCUGCUUUUGCCCAUUGUCUUUGUGCAAGGCCCACUCAGCACAGUACUUUAAUGAACAUGACUUUGCCUGGGUUAGCUCUCAUUAAGCUGUGGUUCUCUCUAGAGACUCAUGUACUGUCUACCCAAGAGCUGAGACUCCCUACUCCCACUGUGGAUCCACUUACGAUGUUCUCACAGCGCAAUGGUAAGACCGCACUGGGGAACUUUGCAGUCUUUGUCCUGCAGCCCUUGGGAGUUGUCUCCACUUAGACAACUCCAUGGAAUUAAAAUGCUCUUCCAACAGUUUUUAAAAGGGUCACUGGUAUGAUCUCCCCAAAUGUUUAGGAGCAGAUUCCUAUUCCCAGCAUGGUAGAGCACCUGCAUUCCUGGAGUUGUGGCUGCUGUCUUAUGGAAGGCCUGCACCUUCCUGCUAGGGAACAAACUCAAUCCAUGGUGUGGCAACAAUGCCCUGUGUGGCAGGUAAAGUCCUGUGGUUCACCUGACCAGCUAUUUGCUAAAUUGCUGUCUGGGAAGCAUUGGACUCUGACUUUGUCAGGCAUCGUCUGUAUCUGCCAGCAUUCUUGUCUCCUUUAAUCAAUCUUAGUCAUUUCUUGAGCAUCUCUGUGGGGCAAAAGUUUAUGGUAACUCACUUGCUUCUCUGGAAGUAUAUGAUGCUAUAGACAGCUGUCCAGCAGUCCUAUGGUAGUGUGGUCCAUUUUGUGCUCCUACCGUCACUUUCAAUGUCAUGUGCAAAUUGGAAACAAAAUCUGUGAAAGACCCCUAGCCACCACCUUAUUACCUUUUAUCCCUUUGCUUUUCUGGACCUCCUUCUCCAGACGUUCCCUGAGUUUCUCUAGUUUUACUCAAGUUACUGGAGUAAGAAUUUGGGUGUAGACACUGCAUACUGAUAGGUGUCAUAACAACUUUCUACCCAGUUCACUAGUGUAUUUACUGCCAAGGCACGUCUCAGGAAAAACCCUGGAAACCCUGGAUUCAGAUUACCCUAAAAUCUUGAGCAUUUGGUCCUGCUGAUUUUAGUGACAGUAUUGCGUAAGCCUCCUUGGGUGAAAAGAUUUUAAUGAGAUGCUGAACUGUGGUUUAUGUUUGGAAGAUGGAGGAAGACUAUAAAUUAGAUGAAUAAAUCUAAAGUGAAAAAGUUAUUUGUCAGU